CCGGUCCCUGGCGUAGGGUAAUCGUGCACGUCCGCCAGCACUCAGAGACAGAGUAGACAUGGCGGCGUCGCUGGGUAGAUUUUCUGGUCUCUUUGGACGUUCCUUGGCCAGCCGGGGACGCCUGUAUUCCGCGUCCGCACACGCUGAGCACGGCAGUGCAGCCCGCACCUGGAAAAUCCUGACGUUCGUGGUGGCGCUGCCCGGGGUGGCCGUGUGCAUGCUCAACGCCUACCUGAAAGCCCAGCACCACGAGCCUCCGCCCGAGUUCGUCCCCUACGAGCACCUGCGGAUCCGGAGCAAGAAAUUUCCCUGGGGAGAUGGGACGAAGAGCCUUUUCCACAACCCUCAUGUGAAUCCUCUACCCACUGGCUAUGAAGAGUCAGACCAUUCUGAGCAUUAACUUUCUGAUACAAUUCUGGACCAGUGUGUUGUAUGGGCCCACAUCAUGAUAUGGGAUCAUGCUAUUCUAUUUAAUGCUGUAAAUUUCUCCCUGACCUUUUGCAUUAGAGGUCACUUAAAUAAAGUUCUGGUUUGAGCUGCA